CUAAACACAAUAAGAAGAACAAAAAUCAUACAUACGAAUUCUCUCUUAAUUUUCACCAUUUGCUUUUGAUUGUUUUCUUGAAGGUGGAUACUAGACAUGGAUGCAAGGAGGAUUAAUAUACACUUUGUAUUGUUAUCUUUAUUAAUCAUCGCAGAAGUUCCUUCGUUUCUUGGGUUGAGUAUGAGAGUCACUACUAAAUCGGAGCCGGAAGCAUUUCACGGGGAAGAGUACUUCCCGGCGAUGAAGAAGAGGAAGUUGAUGGUUACAAACAUGGAAGUUGAUUAUUCAGGUGAUUAUGAUGAUGGAGCAUCAUCAGCAUCACCAUCACCACCAGUGCCUGAUUAUGAUGAUAUCUAUAGAAGGCAAGGUGAUGUCCCAAGCCCUGGUAUUGGCCACUAAUCAUGACCACUAAUCAUGACCACUAAUCAUGGCAUAUACUUUCUACAAAAAAAAUGUGUAUACUGUAUACACACAUAUACACAUUUUGCGUUAUAUAUUUAUACAUACAUGUUUUAGUUGUUUAUAGAUUUUUGUUCGCCUCCUCCAUAUAAUCAUUUUUUAUUUCUAUGUUUGCUUUUACUUCAUUUUCGAUAUUUUCCCUUUUUAAUUGUCUUUUUAAAAAUGGUGACCUCCUAUUUUGAACUCUCAGAUUGUUUAGCUUGUGUUAAUGGGAGCUUCUUGUAUGUAUGCAAUAAUAAUAUAUCUAUUUGAUUCUUG